AUGAUUUUACUGCAAACUCUUGUGUCACUCAAUGGUGUCCACACGCUAUAUGAGGAUCAGGUCUCGAAGUUUGACUGGAGAUCGCGUUUUGUCGGACAUUUGACUCAAUUAUCACACAUCAAGUCAUCCAAACAGUCUUCGGACACCUUAUGGCAAACCCAUAACACGAUUGUCUUCUCCACCGGCAGUCAUGUCUUCGCCUCCGUUUACAUCAGAAACGGUACCAUUCAAUGGAGACAUCUCUUGGAGUCACCAAUUGAUCUCUUCGUGGCCACCAAAUCGCGUGACUGCCCUCUCGUAACCAUCAAUGGUUUAGGCGUUUGGAUCCGUUGCUGGACUCUCGACGGUCUCAUUGUCUCAGAGAAUAGUUUGUCCAACGAUUACAUCGAAGACAUAGAAAAUAAUAACUUAAGCCCCGAUUCAACUCAAAUAACAGUUUCUAAGUUUGAUUUAACGCAACAAUCGCUCGAAUUGUUUGUAUUUGAUCUGAAGAGUCAGUCAUCAAAGUCCACAUCGACUCCCAUCUCGACAUCCAAUUGGAUGACAGAAAGCACUUCUUGUAGUUUCCAGACCUCCAAAUACCUCAUUUGUAUCGAUGAUAGAAAUCUUACCCUUCAGUACCUGAUUGUCGGCGAAUCCAAGUCUUUCAGCGCUAUCCCGCUGUCGGCGUUUGGUCUUCAAAGUGAUAAUAAACCCAAAUAUCUAAGACUUCAAUCGCUUCCACACCAGGAAAACAGUGAAAGUCCUUAUUUUGCUGUCAAUUUAGGCGGCGAUGGAUUUGUACUGUUAAGAGCCAAACAAAAACAAAUCGAUUUGAUUAAAGUGUUUCCCAAAGUGUCGGCCAUAACACUGGCGCCGAUCAUCGACUCGACUGAUGUGGCCGUCUGUACGCUCGUCACGAAAGCCAAUCCAAACACAGGCGAUGGGGAGACCACCGACUCUCCGACGCCGACCACUGGCAUCAAAAUCGCGGCCUUCGAUAUGGAAAAGUGGUCAGAAGUGUCGUCCCUUUCGAGUCAAUUCAUUCUCAAUAAUCACAUAAUUGUGGAUAAAUUAGAAAUAAUUCCUUUAAUCAGAAGUGAUAACAAACAUAACUAUAAAAUACUGAUUUCUAGUGAAGACUCGACACUAAUAAUGACAAACCUGUUGGGAAGGACGACGUGGAGACGGGAGGAGGCGCUCAGUAGCAUAAGUAGUGCCGAACAAAUAGAUCUACCAUUGAGUGAAUUGGACGCCAAAAUUGAGCAAACAUUCAAUUUGGACGGAUCUAACAUUUUCACACUUUUUAUAACCAGAAUAUCGACACAAGUCUAUCAGUUCCAGACAUAUACCGCAAGUCUAGUCAAACAAUUGAUCGCCAGUUUGUCUCAAAAGCCGAUUCGACACAAAUCUAGUGACAACUUAGACGACGAGUCCAUUGAUAAUAGUCUCGAUUCGGCGGUCAUUCGGGACAACAAUGAGUUCACAUUAAUUCGCGACAGGUUUGGUCUCCAUAAAGUGAUCAUCGCUUUGGCAGCCAAUGGCAAACUGUUUGCCAUCGACUCGCUUACCGGUGCCAUCAUUUGGUCUAUUUAUGAGCCAUUUCUGAGUCAUUCGCUGAACACGAAGAAUAGACCGACUAUUCUGGUGCAGAGGUCGACCGCUCACUACCCAUAUCCGGCCAAAUGCACUAUUGUUAACAAGAAUGGCUUCAUAUUCUCAUUUGAUCCGAUCACUGGCCAAGUCUUGGAACGAAUCAAACUGGAAAUCGAUGUCUCGCAGACAAUGCUGUUGAGUCACACCGACAGCAAUCAUCUGAAGCCAAUACUAAUACUCGACGACAAACUCAAGCCAAUCAUAUAUCCCUCGUCUGCGAAAUCACUUUUCUUGACGUUAAAAGACAUUUACUAUAUGUUGGUUACGAACGAGAAGAACGGCUCAGUGAAGGGCCUGUCGUUCGCCGACUCCAAGCAAAACGAAUUGAUAGCGAAACAGAUUUGGGCCGUCGAUCUGCCCGUGCCUUUGGUUGGUAUGCAAGCCGUGUUCAAGCGAUAUGGAGAGCACGUCCACUCACAGGGAAGGGUUAUGGGCGACAGGAAUGUCCUCUACAAGUAUCUCAACCCUAAUUUAGUGGCAAUCGUUGGCGAAUCCGUUGACUCUCAAGAAAGAACUUUUGUUGUGUUUUAUUUGAUGGAUUCGAUCACCGGUUCUGUCGUCUAUACGACUGUCCAUAAGAGGGCCAAAAGACCCAUUCAUAUCAUUCAUUCGGAGAAUUGGAUUAUUUAUUCGUAUUACAAUGAAAAGUCUCGGCGAACAGAGAUCUCGUCGAUUGAAUUAUUUGAAGGCGAAACUCAAAGUAAUUCAAGUGCUUUCUCUUCGCUGACACGAAAUCAAUUGAUUCCCGCGAUUGUCGAACAAAACUCAUUCAUAUUCCCGACCGGAAUCGAUGUCAUGGCAGACACUAUCACCGAAAGAGGGAUCACUAUAUUUCUGCCGUCUGGAGGACUAUUAGAAUUGCCGAAAGCCUUCUUAGACCCGCGACGACCCCUCAAACCCACUCCCGAACACAUGGAAGAGGGACUCAUUCCAUACAUUCCAGAGAUACCGAUUCCCGCCGAAGGAAUCAUUAAUUAUAAUAAGACAUUGACUGCGAUUCGUGGCAUUCAAACCUCAGCCACUGGUCUCGAGUCUACGUGUCUUGUGUUUGCCUAUGGCUUAGACUUAUUCUACACACGAGUGACGCCUUCGAAGACAUUUGAUGUCUUGAAAGACGACUUUGAUUUUAUUUUAAUAUCUGUGGUUUUGAUUGCUUUGAUUGCCUUUUCCUAUGCCAUCAAAUGGUUGGCCGCACGGAAAGCACUCAACGCUUCGUGGAAAUGA